CGCGUAACGUCAGUCUCUCUACACGUAUAUAUAUAUAAAGACUGGAGUCGGACUGCAGAAUUUUUAUUCAUUCUGCCAUUCUCGCUGCCAUCGUCGCUCGCGUCGUGAUCGGUAGUGUAUUUGCCUUUGUUUGUUUGUUUGUUUGUGUUUGUGGUUUGUAGAGACGAUCAUGGCACGUACGAAGCAGACCGCCCGUAAAUCGACCGGUGGCAAGGCGCCCAGGAAACAGUUGGCGACGAAAGCUGCCCGCAAGAGCGCGCCGGCUACCGGCGGUGUCAAGAAGCCGCAUCGUUACAGGCCCGGCACCGUCGCCCUCCGUGAGAUCCGCCGCUACCAGAAGAGCACCGAGCUUCUGAUCCGCAAGUUGCCGUUCCAGCGGCUGGUCAGAGAAAUCGCCCAGGACUUCAAGACCGACUUGCGUUUCCAGAGUUCCGCCGUGAUGGCCCUUCAGGAGGCCAGCGAGGCUUACUUGGUGGGUCUUUUCGAAGACACCAACUUGUGCGCCAUCCACGCUAAGCGAGUUACCAUCAUGCCCAAGGACAUCCAACUUGCCCGUCGUAUCCGUGGUGAACGCGCUUAA